AAAGUUUUAUUGCUCUUAAUAUUUAGAUCGAGCUCUUCUUGUGUAAUGCGCUGUAUUUUCGUGCGACGAACUCGAGAAAGAUAAUCAUCAUACUGAUACAACUAUUACCAGCUCUAGCAGCCUAAAAACAAGAAGAAUAACUAGAAAUAAAAAAGUGAUUAGUACUGCUACUGGAGAUCACUAAAAAGACGAGUGAAAACAAUAUGCAAUUUGGAUCGCGCGAGCAGCCGUUCGGGACUGCUGCCUCCGGCUUGAAUAUGUACCACGUACGCGAGACCCAGAAACCGCUGCAGUACCACCCUCCGGGGGCUCCCUUUGCUUCUGGUACCACAUUCUAGUACAUUUUCUUGGACGUGACCUCCCUUUUGAGGUUACGUUCACUCCUCGCAUUGUUUGCCUUGUAGCCGAGUUGAAUUGUUUUUGCUACAUCAUGAAGGACCUUUAUGAUACAGCGCCUGGUUGAUUUUCAUGACAGGACCGCCACCAUUAUUUGCAGAUGAAGGUUGGGGUUAUCACGGAUCACCAGCAAGCCCACCGUCGCUGAUGCCAGUUAUUCCAAGGAACGGGGUAAGACGGGCUUCACACUAUUAUUCAUAGUAAUAUUGGGUUGUGCGAAAAAUGAAGAAGGUGGUUGUUCGAUUUCAGAAGUUCAACUAAAUUUGUUGAUUGAGCCCAAAGCACUACUUUGAAUAGAUGGACAAUAGAUGAAUCCAAUUCGCACAACCUACAUACACCUGAAGAUCGGGGCUAAAAUAAACAGUAAUCGCUCUCCUGGUCCCUCCAUUCUUCUCUUUACAACUCCAGAGCAACCGUCUUGAGAGUCCGGGUGAAGCGUCCACAGGAUACGAGUCGUCUUCCACAACUCAUCCUAGCUUGUUGUCGUCGCCAGAAGAGUCAUCUACCUUUGGUCCACGGCUUUCAGCGUCAGAGGGCACCGCAAACGGAGGUUUUUUUCGUUUUUUGUUGUAACUCAAACUCUAACUCUUCGGAUGUAGUUUUCAUCUUCUUCCACUUGAGUAAAUAUUUUUCUUAUCUGUACUUGUUCGAUCAGGAUCAGGAUUAUGACAACGACGAAGGGUGCUUUCAUUAUAAUGAUCUAACUGUGUAAAUAGUAUCUAUAGUAUAAGCGUUUUCCCGAAAAUCCUUAAGAGCCUUCCUUAGAGGGCUUCCUUAAGGAAAUGGCACCCUUUAAGGAAUUUCUAUGAUAAUAAAAGUCGCUAUAGGUCUUCCCUAGUAAAGGCUAUGGGUAAGCCUUAAGGAGGCCCCUUAAAGAGCCCUUGCAAUAAACUUAGGCUAAUAAAAAUAGGUACCCCCUCAAGGGCCAUCCGAUCUCUUAAGCCGAAUCCUUUAAGGAUUUCGCUGAUUCUCAAGAACCUGGCGCAUCGGGAUCAGCCAUAGCCAGCCUGCUAGCUUGGCCAUAGCGUGGCCAGCUUGCCGCGCUAGCUCAGCCGUGGCCAGCUUGCUUUGCUAGCUUAGCCAUAGGACAGGAUAGCCCUCCUGGCUUGCUAGAUUAUCUCAGCCGUAACCAGCUUGCCCUGCUUUGCUGUGCGUAGCUUAGCCAUGGCCAGCUUCCUUGCCUCGCUACCUUAGCCAUAGCGAUGCGACAACCAGCUUCCCUGGCUGGCUUGCUUGCUCAACCAUAGCCAAAACCAGGCGGCUAGCUUAGCCAUAGCCAUUCUCUUGCUAGCUUAAUCAUGGCCAGCUUGCCAGCUUAGCCAUAGCCAGCCCGCUAGCUUUUCCAUCGCCAGUUUGCUAGCAGUAGCCAGGGCAGCAGUGCUUUGCUAGCUUAGCCACAGCCAGCGCGCUACUAGCUUAGCCAUAGCGGUAGCCAGCUUACGACCUAGCCUCGUCAGUCUUUCUCCCUCGCCCUAGCGAGCGGAAUUAGCGACUUUACUUGUUCGUCUUACCUCUACCUGUCUAGUUGCUAACCUAUGCCCAGUGCAGCGGGCCCUCGAUGGGGCCGCUUUCUGGGCAUGUAUAUACGCUCCAACGCCGGGCGUAUUGCGAGUAGUGCAAAGUCAAGCCAUCCACUUACUUUACAGGCGGACCACGUGGAGGCUCGUCGUCUUCACAAUGUGAGAGCACGAGCUCUUUGGGUGGUGGCGGGGAAAUGCACUCAGCCCGCGGAUACUCUCGGAACGAGCAGCAGCACUUGGCCCCAAAUGGGUCACAACACGCGCCGCCGCAUCAGCACGGAAUGCGCACCCAGUCGAGCUACAGCAGCAAUGUGCAAUAUGACGGCGGAGCAGGCGCGAUACAAAGCAGCUACCUCGUAAACGGGAAUGGUGUAGUAGCUCCCCCGGGUGGACACGGUACAAGCAGACCCAGUACGCAACACCCACAUAUGGCGCGCCCUCUCUCGGGGCAUAGUCGCGUGCAUCCCGGCAGAAUGGCAUCCUCUUUCGGUUCGACGCAUUUUCAGGAGGACGUGGCUCCCCACAACGGGCGUGGAGGUGUGCCAGCAGAUAUUGGCACCUUACCUGGAGCUCUCCCAGGCGGAGUUGAGACCCCGCACCAUCCUCGAUAUCUUGGCGACUACAACGAUGUCGUCAGGGCGGUUCAUCGAGGUCGCGCACUAAACGCUGGCAUGGCUCAGCAUCGAGCGUCUAUGGCCCCAUCCAGAUCCAUCGCGACACCUUCGCAGCAGCAACAAAGUAGGCACUAUGCUUACGAACAUUUUUGUCUUCUAAUUGUCUUAGUCUCGCGUAGUAAAUCUAAAAAAUAAUGCAUAGAUUCUGAAGGACUAUAGGUAGAAGUGAGCUAGAAAAUGAAAAACCUCCUUUUUUUCUACUACUUAGUUGAAAAAUCUUCUAGGUCGAGACCCUUAUUUACUUACAUCUUGUUCUUCUAAUGUUGCGAGCCAGGUCUUUCAAGAGGCACUCAUGGUCUGGGGCACAACAUGGACUCUGGCGUGUUGCGUGAACGAAUAGACGGCUUUUCUGCAAGUGGAGUCGAUGUCCUCAAAAGUGGACCACACGGAAUUCGAAUUGGAGGAGCUUCUGGUGCCGCUAUGUAUGGUAUGCAUCGCUCCCAAGCCCAACACGUGCAACGUGUCUCCAGUGAUCUUUUAUUGGCCGACGAACGACAAGGCCAUGGGCAACAGCCGCGAAGGGGCGGCUCACCCGGUGCGUCUCACGAUAUGAUGAUCUCAUCUAGGAUGGCGAUGGGCGAGCGAAUGAACGGCGGACCGCCAUAUCUUCCUAGCAGUAGAACAAUGAUGGCGUAUAACCAUACGAGUCAGGAUGCUAUGUUUGCUGGCUCAGGCUGUCGUGGCGGACUACCAUCAAACUAUGGGAGCGAGCCGCGAGAGCAGCAGCACCAACCGGGGUUAGACAAUAUGUCGUCAGCAAUAGCAUUGAUGAUUCCUUCCGCUACAACAACAACAACUACGAUCGCGACCAGCAGAGGUGGUACCACAGGAGGCGUUGCGGGCUACACACUACAGGUACAGGGGAACAGGGCUAGCGCUGGAUGCAUGAUGCAGCAGCAGCACCACCAGCAACAACAACAAUCGUUUAGUGGUUACGAACGGGAAAUGAGCGGUCGGGGGUGGGCGCGACCUGGCACAAGAGCCAUGGACGCCGCUUACGGUGGUGCGCAGGGUAUGCCACAGAAACGAACACGGAGCCCACCGAUGCAACCGGGACAAGUUGCGCGUCGCGGGAAGAUAGUCACAGCUGCGUCAAAUGGGCAACUGUAUUAUUAUUCUUGUUACCCCUGGCCCUGGAUCUGGAAACCUAUAAAUAUUUAAAUACUCAUACCUUACCUUUUUUUCUAGUUAGCUUGGCUCCACCCGUAAUAUUUAAAUACUCAUUAAUCGACCAUAAUUAAAAAUCUUUGCUACCUCUCGAAUGGGCACACUACUACUACUACUCGAAUAUUGAGAUUGUUCCAGUGCCUAUAGAUUUUUGCAUUCGCGUAAGUGCUGUCUGAUCCGAGCACAGGAUUACUUUUUUUCAAAAAAUCUUCUGUACCCCUCUUUUUUCAUCAAAGGUAAAAAUAUGUCGUCUUUUUAUUUGCUCAGGUCCACAUCAUCCUUCCCUUUGCAUUCGCGCCAGGUACAAGACCAAACUGUGCUAUUACCAUGUUCAUGGCACCUGUUCAUGGGGAGACAGUUGUCACCAUGCGCAUUCACUCUUAUGCGAACCAUGAUGAAUAAAGAAUAGGAAUGUGAUAUGAAAUGACUCAAACUCCUCACGCAUAUAUGUGGUAUCAUUAUCGCAAGGUCAAGUUGCAGAUGAUCUUGAAUGAUAAAGAUGUAUAAAAAGCUGCAAAUCACCAGUUUUGUAGUACGUCGGACCAGUGCCUGUGCCAUAUAACCUAUGCCUAUGGAAUAUGAGCUAGGAGGCUAGUACCCGCUGAUGCUGAAUGGGCUCCACUUCUAAUGCGAGAGGAGCUGAAGCUGAAGCCAGAUUUGUCAAAGACUUCGAUAUGUCCCCGCCUCGGAGACUGCAAACGGAAAGACUGUCCCUACGCUCAUUCGAGAGACGAACUGCGUUCGACCGAAUGCUUCGCGAAAACGAAAGUUUGUUUCGGUAGUUAUUUCCAAAUCCAAUGCUAAUGUUAUUAUAUCCGAGGAGGCCCAGGUAGCUCAGGCUCCUUGGAUUUACUUUUGCAGCCGUAUACGGUUUUUAUUCUCAAUCGUCUUACAAUUACAAGUACAAUUCAGCUCAAAUUCCAACAUUUCUUACGAUUUAUUUGUUGAACAAUUCGAACCUGAAAUUGAAGAUCCUAAGAUCAUCCAUCACAUCCUCAGCACGUACAAACUCAAACUCUGCAAGGUUCUUGCGAAAACUGUCGGUUUGGCGGAAAUUGUAGGUACGCGCACUCGGUGACCGAACUGCGUCAAGUGAAGGACCUACCAGUCAAAGUCAUGGCAAGUAUAUUACCACUUUUGCACUGUUCUCUCCGCUUCAAAGCUUACUAUUUUUUUUCGCAUCAUCUUUUACUUCUGCAAAGAUACAGAAUGUUUUUUGUUUCUUUGUAGGCAGUGUCGUUUCUUAAUAUAUAGAUUCUAAGGGUUAGGAGGUUCUUCGACAUCCACUAUUUCCACUGUUUUUUGGAUUCGAUAUAUAUAUAUAAGAGUCUCUGUCUGAGUCGGAUUUGUAUUUAUAUAUAGUGAUUUUUCUUUUACGUCCUUUUUUGUGAAAGUGUUUUGCAAGUAAAAGUACCUUUACUCUGGUGUCGACGAGUGAAGCCUGCCCAAAAUGGUGUUGACCGGAAUGACAAUUAUUGAAUCAGAUAUUAAGGGGAAGAAGAAAGCGCCGCCUCUCCAGAGCCUCAAGGGCGGCGACGCGAAGCGCGGAAUAAAACUAGUUCAUUCCCGAGCUAAAGGCGACUUUGACGCAGGCUCGUACGGUGAGGGCUACAUUUAAGGCUUCAUACGGGGAGACUGUCGUGAAAAUGCGAAUGUAAGUAUCCGCCUGUCCACCACAAAUGCGAGCCCCUUUACCUCGAGAAUAGUCACUUGAAUGAGCCAGUCAAUCAGUCAAUCAAUCUCGUGAGAUUCCAAAUAUUCCCCGCGAAGACAUCACAUACCUAUCUAUGUAUGAGAGUCAUUAUUUCUAAGAAUUUGACCUCUUCUGCGGCGACAGAGUUGCGAUCGUCAAGGAUGACGAGGACGGCUGGAUGUACGGGAAGAAUUUUCCGCGGAACACCAUUGGUUGGUUUCCUACCUCCUACGUGUUGGAUGAAAGCGACUGCGGUGAGCUGAUAUGCGAGCCCUGCUAG